UACGCUCAUCUGUAAAGAAAAGUAAAUACAGCAGAAAUGUUUCACAAUUUCACAUAAAUGAAUAUAAGUUAACUUUCUUAUGAAAUAGUAAUGAAUCUUAUUUAAAUGAUAAAUAUAUAGAUUUUUUGUAAAUAAAAAAGCAAAUGGUAAAAUUUUUAAUAUAAUAUAUUUAAUUGCUAAAUCUGCUGGCAAUUCCGAAUGUAAUUCUUCAAAUGUUUUUGAGGUCUGCUUUGAAAAAAUGGCGUUCAUCCUCAGGUCGUGGAAAUUUAUGCGGCAUAUCACGUGUUUUUCCAGAAAUAUUAGACAAAUCUCUUUUAAAAGAGAUAUAGACGCCUUGCUUGCAUCACAAGGACGAACGUCAGCAUGUAACUUAAAUUAUUUUGCAACCCAAGCAGCUCCGUCACAAGCCAACAAUGGUAAUUUGGAGAGGAGUUUGCGACGACUCGACCAGGAUGCCCGGCGAGCUGGCCGCAUCUCUAAACGAGAACUCGAAGACAUCUUGGAUGAGCUUCGACUCACGAGAUCAGCAACGAGCAGCCAGUCACUGCUCAUUAUACGCUGCUGUGGGAACCUGGUACCAGAGGAGUCCCCAGAAGUCAGAACACGUCUUGUUGAAGAAAUAUGGAAAACUUUGGAGAACUUAGGUGUCCCCAUGGACGUGAGCCAUUACAAUGCCUUGUUAAGAGUUUACCUGGAGAACGAACACAAGUUCUCGCCGACGGAGUUCCUGGCGGACAUGGAGAAGAAGGGCAUUGAGCCGAACCGUGUGACGUACCAGCGACUCAUUGCGCAUUACUGCCAGCUGGGGGACAUCGCAGGCGCCACCCAGAUACUGGAGUUCAUGCGGGAGAAGCAGCUGCCUGUUAAUGAGGGUGUCUUCAACGCCCUCAUCAUGGGCCACUCCCGGGCUGACGACAUGGAGAGCGCUGCCGGCAUCCUGGGCGUGAUGCGGCAGGCGGGGCUGGAGCCGAGCGCGGACACCUACACCACGCUGAUGUGCGGCCACGCCCGCCGGGGGGACCGCGGGGCCAUCGAGCAGCUGCUGCGGGAGUGUGACGCCAAGGACAUGUACUUCCUGGACAAGGACUACAUGGAGGUGGUGUACGAGCUGGCCGUCGGCGGCCACCCCCAGCACGUGGACUUGUUGAUAGCCCGAAUGCGGCAUUCUGCGGGGUUCAACCAGGAUGCGAUAAACCUGAUACUGCGACUGGUGAGCCAAGGACAGGAGGACAUAGGCUUGAAGAUGUUGAAGACCAUGCCGAAGCCGUCCUCCAGCGACGGGCAGCAGUAUCCUAGUGGUGGUUUCUUCAUCCGACAGCUCGUCAAGGCCAGCAGGCCGGUCGAGAAAAUCGUUUCACUGUGCGAAGAAUUGGAGUCGGAUGGCGACAAUCCAAAUGCUCUGCUCACAGCUACGGAAACUGCUCUUCGCGAAGGGAAAGUUCAGCUUGCUCCGCGUCUGCUGUCAGCACUGAAGGAACGAGGACAUCCAGUAAGACAGCACUAUUUCUGGCCCAUUAUGGUGGCACACGGAAAAGCAAAAAACGAUGAAGGUGUGUUGAUGGUGCUAACUCAGAUGAUGACGGAAUUCGGCCUCCCGCCGUCCAACGAGACGCUGCGGGACUACGUGAUCCCCAACCUGUCGGUGGAGGCCCCCCAGGCCGUGAUAUCGAAGCUCGUCAGCGCGGGCGUGUCCCCCGCCGCUUCCACUUGCGCCCUCGUGGUGAACCUCAUCAACCAGGGCCAGCUCAGCAAGGCGGUUGAAGUUGGAAACAUGAACCGCGCCUACUACAGCCCCACCAUGAUUCGCCGCCCGCUGGUGAUGGCGUUCAGCGCCACCCGGGACGUGAAGUCGUUCGUCGCCCUGGUCCGCCUGGUGUACGAGGGCAUCGACCGCGUGUCGGACCUCUCCGCCGGGGACGAGGACUCCCCGGGCCAGGCGGUCCCGGACCGCUCCGACCUCGUGGGCCAGAUCCUGCUGGAGGUGGCCGGCUUCGUGCGCACCGAUAAGCUGCAGGCCGUCGAAGCCGUACUGAAGGCUCUGGUUGCCGAGGGGCUCAGCAUCAGCAACAGCUCAGCGGAGAUACUUCAGGAGAAACUGGGGGAGCAGUUGACCAGCGAGAUAUCAACUCUCCUCGGUAAACUGACGUCAGGAGAUCUUGUCCCAGUAGCCAUUACCAGGCAGUCAACUACUCCGCAAAUGGACGAGGCCCAGAUCCAGCGCCUGAUUGCCCAUUACGAGGGAAAGGGGGAGUCUCCACACGGCUUGCAGAGGCAGCUGCUCUCACUUUAUUGCCGGGUCAAGGACUUGGAGAAAGCAGAUAAGCUGUUUGAGGAGCUUAAGCAAAGUGACUUUGUGUUCACAUCUGCCAUAUACUCCAUGCUCGUCGACCUGUACGUGUACCACGAAGACCUGGAAAGGGCCCUGGGGAUUUUGAAACUGAUGAAGGAGAAGGAGCCCGACGCGACGCUGAGCGACAUGAAGGUGGUCAAGCUAGCGACGCUCAUGGUCAAGAAUGAUAAGGUCGAAGACGCCCUGGCGCUGCUGCAGGGGCAGCCGGAGGACCGGAGGCAGGAGGACCGGAGCUUCCCCUACAGCACGGCGUGCUGGCGGCUGCUCAACGCCCUGGCGGAGGCCGGCCGCCCCGACGAGCUCAAGCGCAUCUUCGACGUCCUGGUGCAGCGCAAGUUCGUCGAGGUCAGCAACGUGCUGCUGGGCCCGCUCGUCAAGGUCCACAUCGUCAGGAAUGAGCUGGGAGAUGCCAUGGCAGAGUUUGAAUGGUGCUGCCUCAACUACCGCCUCACGCCGUUCAAGAACGAUCUGACGCGGAAGCUGAUCGAAGCGGAGGACGCGGCGUCGCUGCAGAAGCUGACUGACCUGAGCACGCAGGUUCACGGGGAGGUCAACAGUCUGUACGACCUGGUGUUCGCAUUCGUAGAGUGCGGCAGGAUCAGACAGGCUCGCAAGAUUCUCGAGACGCCAGGCUUGCGUAGUCGAUACAGUCGCAUGAACGCGAUAUGUGAGCACUACACCCAGGAAGGCAGGGUGGAGCAUCUGGAGGGACUGGCUGAAGCUACGCGAGACCUUUCACACAUUGAUCGUGCCCACAUAUACUUCCACCUGUUGAAGUCCUAUUACAAAGCCAAGGACGUGGACAAGGCAGUCGGCCUGUGGACGCGGAUGCAGGAGGAGGAUGUGCAACCCUCGGACCAGUUCCUGGCACUGCUGGGCGCGUUCCUUCAGGAGCAAGGCCGGCACGUGCCGUUCGCCGUGCCCAGCGUCGCCCCGCCCCCUCCCGUCCCACCGAGGAGGCCCGGCGUCACCAGCGUCACCCCUGAAUCCGACCUGAGCCGGCUGCGUCAGGCCCUCGCCUACGACGAUGCCGACCACGCCUUGGAAGUCAUGGACAAGAUGCAGCGUGCGGGCCAGAGCGUGAACCGCCUGAUGCAGUCCUCGCUGGUGGAGAAGCUGAUCAAGGCUAACAGGCUGGGGGAAGCCUCCAAGAUGGUCCUGUCCAUGCUCGAGAAAGAGUCCACGCCCACGAACAGGGUGUUCAACUUCCUCAUGAAUCGGUUGGCCAUGGCUGGGGACGUUGACACCCUGGUGAAGAUCGGCGCCCACCUCACGCCGGACCAGAAGAAGGCAGUGACGUACGACAACCGUCUGUGCAACGCGUACGCCUCCUCCGGCCGGUCCAGCGAGUACCUCGGGCUGCUGGAGCGAGAGCUGGAGCAGGCCCGCGACGAGGACUUGGACCAGAUAGCGGAGAAGUUUCCCCGGGGAGGGGCAGUGGGCCUCCUGGAAGAACACCCCGAGGUGGUGCCGCAGUUCGAGCAGCUGGCAGAGAAGUUCGUCGCGCGGGGCAUCGUCGCUCCGGUGAACGUCCUGUGGGGCCACCUCUUGGUGCGAGGGCAGGACGAGCGAGCUCGCAGGAUCUGGGACGAGCACCUGGCGUCCAGCCCGCGCGUCAUGUUCCACGGCGUGCUGGACGCAGCCUACAAGAACGGCGACGUCGCGCUGGUUCGCAAGCUGCUGGGAGUUCUGACCGGGAGCGCAGUGUCGGAACAGGCAGUGGCCGCCGUCUACUCUGCGGGCGUCAGCAUUCUCACGAGAGGAGACAAGUGCGAGGAAGCUCUGAAGAUGCUGGAGGAAGGGGUGCAGGCAACGUGCCUGGAGAACAUAAACCGAGUUGUGUUGCGAAGACUGAAGGACAAAUUGGAGCAGCGAGGAAUGACAUUCCCCUAUAACAUACCAGACAAGAAUGCUAAACAUAGCUCGUCGUCUUCAUCAAGCUCAAGCGAUGAAGAUUAAUCACUGAAGCCUACUAAAUUGUACAUGCACAUAGUGUUCGUUUGUAUCGUCUGCCGUUUACACUCAUUAGAGAACAACAGAAUGUUGAGUUGUGUUAUUUAAAUAUUAUUAAAGAAUUUUUUUUUUAUGUGAGGUUUUAAUUUUUGUAACAAUAUUUUUUUUACUUAAAAUGAGUUAAAACGUGUGAUCAGAAAGUUUGUAGACUUUACGUUUUGACUUGCUCUGUUAGUGAGAGGUGAGAAUCCAAUGUCAACCAAAAUUUAUAAUUUUUGUAACAAUAUUUUUUUUUACUUAAAAUGAGUUAAAACGUGUGAUCAGAAAGUUUGUAGACUUUACGUUUUGACUUGCUCUGUUAGUGAAAGGUGAGAAUCCAAUGUCAACCAAAAUUUAUAUAUAUACAUGUAGCUGGCUAGUUGCUAAAGUAUGCAAGUUUUGAUUUCUCAGAUGUGCAAUGUUGUUUACGCUCCAACGUACAUAACAGAAUUUCAUUAAAUCAACACAGUAAUAAACAUCAAUAAUAUGCCUAUAACUACAAGAAAAUUUUGCAAUUAAUUUUUGGGUUACGGUGCCCGCCAAAAUGUAUGUUCGAUUCUGUUAACUAUACUCGCAAUUCUAUCAUCUUCCACUCUAAUAAAAUUGGAUUCCGACAUUGAGUCCAGCAGUAUAGAUUAAUUAAUCUAUAAAUGUAUAAAUGGAAUAGAGUGGGGUCUAGUGAUUGUUUUGCGUCAGUGUUUCACUAGUGAAAAUUUGUGAUGGUUGAUAGUAACAGACCAGCAUAUCCUUGUAAAGAUUUUUCAUGAAAUUCCAUGGGAUCUGCUUCAAAAUCUUAAGCAAUGAACUUGUUUACUGAUUUUAACUAAAUCCAGGCAUUAAAGCUGUUCAUAAAUAGCACACACUUUUUAGUGCUAGUUAAGCUCUACGAAUAAAUUAAAUUUUCAUCUAUAAACGGUAUAGUAUUCAGGUUUUGAUUAGAUUUUGUAAACACUGACAUCUCUGAUCAAAAGGCUCGGCCCCUCAUGCUUAGUUUAUUAUUUCAAUUUUGUGACUACUUCCGUUUGUAGAUUCAUCACGAUAGCUUUUCUGUUGGUUUUUUUUGUUUGUUCGGUUGCCAAUUCUAUCACAAGCUGUAAAAUGUAAUGCAAGGUAUCGUAAUUAUUUACACUUGUAUGACUUUACUGCUCUUGGGUAACACACAGUAAAUAUUCUGAAACAAAAUUUGUGAUAAUGAGUCAAAUACAACAGAGGCAGCCCAGGGUGUCCAGCAAACCAGGAUAGAAAAAUUCCCUGACUUUUCCAGGUUUUCCAGACAAAAUUGAAAAUUUUUCCAGAAAAAUUCAGAUUGAUAUCUUACAGAGAUUUCUUAAAUGAAAGUAACAAAUCAUUUGCAGUUGGUUCAUCCAGAAAUGCAGAGUUGUAAUACCAUGUAGCAACAGCUUCCUUUUCCUUGUCCCAGAAUCUGACAUAAAUAUCCAUUUGUUGCAUUAGAGCAACUUUGUUUAAACUUUCAUCAAAAGCAAGAACAAUAUGAUGACAGUCAACAACAUUAUUUAACAUUUCCUUUUGAAAGUAAGGAGCAAGGCCUGACACAAUUUUGUAUGCUAAUUUGGUUUUCUGUAAUUGCAUUCCUGUAGCUAUUUCACUAUCUGGAAACAUUAUUUUGAAUAAAGAUACACUAUUGGUAGCAGACCUAAGAGAAGAAUGCUGCAUAAUAUCAUUCAAACACCACAAAAUUUCUGAUUUUGUAACACUGUCUUUCCUGAAAUAUUGUUCAACACCUCGAGAACUCACAGACUGGGAUCUGCUAGGCAAAUCACUAUUAUGUGACAAAGAGUUUUGAGAUGAUUUGACGUUACCUGACGAAUGAAGUUGUUCAUUAGAGGCUUGUCCAUCAGCAACUUCUUCAUCGAAUUUGCUUGUGGUAACUUUAGACACAGAGUAACCGAUUUGAAAAAAAAUACCAACUGACUUGGAAGAAUUCACUGCAUUAUUUGCACGUUGGUGUUUUUGGCCUUUCGUGUGGCUUGAAAGAGCUUGUUAGCCCAUAUUACUGAGGGAAACGACAGUCUUGCAUAAUUUCCAAAAAAAAAAAAAAUUAUCGUCCGGCACUUCCGCGCACCAACUUAAUGCUGGGUCAAGUAGCCAUGUCGGAUUGAACGAUGUUUUCUUGAAUUUAGACAUUAUUCACCGAAAUUGUAGAGGCCUAGUCGCAGCUCCAGUAAAAUCUAGCAGAAAGACAGCAAAAGAUUCGCAAUAAACAAAGCGUACGUUUGUAUGCACAUUGCUACAGUGUAAAGAAAUAUGCUACAUUUUAUAACUUCCUAAGAUCACAGCACUAAAAUUAGUAAGUAUUUUGGCUAUGAUUAGAGUACAAAAAUUUCCAAAAUAAUAUUCGUAUCUUUCAAAGAAAAUUAUGUUUGGCAAUCUGAGAGAACUGACGAAACGUGUAAACAAACGGAAGAAACUGCAGUAAUGGCGCCGGUGGUCGGUUCGACAACUUCGGUAACUACACUCGAGAACCGCCAAAAGUAUGGUAUGUUGUAACCCAAAAUAUGGUAUAGUAGCAAUAUAUUAUACAGACUAACUAUGAACAGUAGCUUACAAGUUUACAAUCUACGGUAUUAUCUGCCCCCUUCCUAACGUUGCGUGCAGUAUUAUCAUCAAAAUACGGUAUGCAUGUCAAACAUACGGUAGGUAUUUAUAGACUUCAUGAAAGCAGCACGCUUGUAUGUCGCAAGUCCAGAUACGUAAAGGAAAACAUUAGUUUAAAUAUGAUUUGAUUUGUAAAAUAGUAAAACUAAAGAAUGUAUUCUGUAAUACUUUGAGAAAAAUCUUCAUGAUAAGCGAGUGGUUAGUGGUUUUGGUCAUUUCCAGAACUUUCACAAUUUUCCCUGACCACCAAAAUUCCCUGACUUUUUCAGGUUUUCCAGGUCGCCGGACACCCUGCAGCCGUAGUAAAUUCACAGGACCAGCCCUUUAAUUAUUCAAAUUAUAAUAAAACAAAGUAUGUAUAUAUCAUGUCAUGUGAGGCCUAGUUUUAAGUUUUCACCAUUCUUGCAGGUGUUUAUAUACAUUGUGUCAACAGAAAACGCCAGUGUAAUCCAGAGGCUAAUCAUCUUAGGCCUCCCACACGCUAGGCGACCAGGUCCCAGCGGCCAGACGUGUCGCAGCAGCUGAAUGGCGAUGUCAUUUGUUCGAUUCUGGCCACCGCGACUUGGUCACCUAGUGUGCACUGUUGCCAGUUAUGGGCCAUAGAGCACAAGAGGUUUAGACACAACUUUGUAAUGUUUCAUAAAAAUUAUGUUAUUGUAAAAUAAAAUAAAAAACUUUUGUAAAAAAAAAAAUCUUAAUUUUUUGAAAAGGAAAUUUUUUUAGAUGAGAGAAUCUGGGAAAUUCACCUGGUGCAUUUUUGUGUAGCAUUUCAUUGAAAGCAUAAAAUUAAACUUUUACUUCUAAGGGUACGGAACCUAAAGUUGCCAUCUUAAGUUUCCAAUGCCUUUUUCAAUAGCUUUUUUUUUAAUAUUAUUUUUGUAAUUUAAUGCUAACAUUUUGGCUCUGUUAGAGCACAGCACAUGAUUUAAUGGCAUACCUGAUAUUAAUAGUGACAGGCUGCUACUAGUAGUUUCUCGAGUGAAAUAAUUGGUGUUUUCAGAAUGAAAACUGGUAUAAUAAUGUCAAUUCACUAUUAUAAUAUAUUAUAGUCUUA